AUGGCGGCGGCGGUGGCGGGCGCCGAGGGGCGGCGCGCGGCCCUGGAGGCGGCGGCGGCGGUGACGCCCGAGCGGGGCGGCGGGAGCUGCGUGCUGUGCUGCGGAGACCUGGAGGCCACGGCGCUCGGCCGCUGCGACCACCCGGUGUGCUACCGCUGCUCCACCAAGAUGCGGGUGUUGUGCGAGCAGCGCUACUGCGCCGUGUGCCGCGAGGAGCUGCGCCAGGUGGUCUUUGGGAAGAAGCUUCCCGCCUUUGCCACAAUCCCCCUCCACCAGUUGCAGCACGAGAAGAAAUAUGACAUCUAUUUCGCGGACGGGAAAGUUUUUGCCUUGUACAGGCAGCUGCUUCAGCACGAGUGCCCACAGUGCCCCGAGCUGCCGCCGUUCGGCCUCUUCGGAGACCUGGAGCAGCAGCGGAGGCAGCACGAGCUCUUCUGCUGCAAGCUGUGCCUCAGGCACCUCAAGAUCUUCACGUACGAGCGCAAAUGGUUCCGCAAGGACCUGGCGCGGCACCGCAUGCAGGGGGACCCCGAUGACACGUCCCACCGCGGGCACCCGCUCUGCAAGUUCUGUGACGAGCGCUACCUGGACAACGACGAGCUGCUGAAACACCUGCGGCGAGACCACUACUUCUGCCACUUCUGUGACUCGGACGGGGCCCAAGACUACUACAGCGACUACGCCUACCUGCGCGAACACUGGGAGAAGCACUUCCUGUGUGAGGAGGGUCGCUGCAGCACCGAGCAGUUCACCCAUGCCUUCCGCACCGAGAUUGACCUCAAGGCCCACAGGACGGCCUGCCACAGCCGCAGCCGUGCCGAGGCCCGCCAGAAUCGCCAGAUCGACCUGCAGUUCAGCUACACGCCACGGCACUCUCGCCGGAACGAGGGGAGCGCUUUGCAGCAGUCGGCUCCUGGUGUCCUCUAUCUGCCCCCGGGGGGCGGGGUGGGGCAGGGUCAUCGGGGCGAGGACUACGAGGAGGUGGACAGGUACAACCGCCAAGGCCGUGUGGGCCGGGCCAGUGGUCGUGGAGCCCAGCAGAGCCGCCGAGGAAGCUGGAGGUACAAGAGGGAAGAAGGGACCGGGAAGUGGCAGCUGCCAUCCGGGCCUCAGUGGCCGCACAGCAGCAGCAGCAGCACAGCAGCAGCAGCAGCACAGCAGCAGCCGCAGCAGCAGCAGGAGACACGCAGGAGUGAGGACCGGGAGGGGAGGCAGGCCAAGAAGGAGGAGGCAGGGGUGCGGGGUCUCGAGGAGCUCCGAGGUGCCCGGCGCCCGCCCCGGACUCAGGGUGAAGGUCCAGGCCCCAAGGAGGCCUCAGCCAAUGGUCCUAUAAGCCAGGAGUCCCUCCCGGCAGCCGGCCCGGCCGCAGGGGCCCCUCCCGCCCCCACCUCGAAGCUCAAGGACGAAGACUUCCCCAGCCUCUGCGCCUCCACCUCCUCCUCCGCCUCCUCCUCGUCCACCGCCGCGGCUGCUCUGGGCCCCGCGGGGCUGGCACUGGCCUACCAUGUCCCUGCCAGAGGCAGGAGCACCUUCCAGGAGGACGACUUCCCCGCCCUGGUGUCCUCCGCCUCGAAGCCCAGCUCCGCCCCCACCAGCCUCAUUUCUGCCUGGAACAGCAGUGGCAGCAAGAAAGUGGCGCAUCCCACCACAGGGGCCCAGGCUGCUGGCGGCAGCAGCCAGCCCCCCAGGAAGGCUGGGAAGGGGGGCAAGGGCAGCAAGAAGGGCGGGCCACCCCCCUCAGAGGAGGAGGAGGAGGAUGGCCGCGCCGGCCUCACCGCCCAGGAGCUCCGGAGCGUGCCCACCACGGUGGCCGUCUCCUCCCUGCUGGCACUGGCCUCCACCCAGACCCUCACCAAGGUUGGCAAGAAAAAGAAGGUGGGCUCAGAGAACGGGUGCCGCCUCGCCGCCCCACCGCCCCCUGACAGAGAUGGACCCCCUGGGGCCGAGCGGGCCCCCGGCGCACCCACUGGCAGAGCCGAGGGGCCAGUUGCCGUCAUUGUCAAUGGACACAGAGGGCCGGCCCCGGCUCGGAGCACACCCAAGGAGCCCCCUGGGCUCCCACGGCCCCUGGGGCCCCUUCCCUGCCCCACAGCCCAAGAAGACUUCCCAGCACUGGGAGUCCCCUGCCCACCCAGGAUGCCCCCCCCUGCAGGCUUCAACGCCGUGGUGCUCCUGAAGGGCGCUCCACCCCCACCCCCCCCCCGCCUGGUGCCCCCUGUCAGCAAGCCGCCGCCUGGCUUCUCCGGCCUCCUGCCCAGCCCACACCCGGCCUGCGUCCCCAGCACUGCCACCGCCACAAAAGCACCGAGGCUGACACCUGCACCACAGGCCUACCUGGUGCCCGAGAACUUCCGGGAGAGGAACCUGCAGCUCAUCCAGUCCAUCAGGGACUUCCUGCAGAGUGACGAGGCCCGCUUCAGCAAGUUCAAGAGCCAAUCGGGGGAGUUCAGACAGGGCGUGAUCUCCGCGGCCCAGUAUUACAAGAGCUGCCGUGACCUGCUCGAGAACUUCCAGAAGAUCUUCAACGAGCUGCUGGUGCUCCUUCCCGACACGGCCAAGCAGCAGGAGCUGCUGUCCGCGCACGCCUUCCGAGGCCGAGAGAGGCCUCCGGGCACCAAGGCCAAGAAGAAGAAGAGCGCGUGGCAGGCCACUGCCCCGGCGGGCCUGGACUGCUGCGUGUGCCCCACCUGCCAGCAGGUGCUCGCACAUGGGGCAGCAGCCCACCAGGCACUCCACGCCGCCCAGGACAACGACUUUCCCUCCCUGCAAGCCAUCGCCAGGAUCCUCACGUAGCUCCCCGCCAGCAUGGGCAGGAGCCGCCACACCCGUGAGCCUCCUUCCUCCUUCCUGGCUGCCGUGCAGCCGGGUGAGGCCCUGGUGAGGCCGCUGCUCGGCCCCUCAGCUGGCCAGCCCGCCAGGGGUCACCAGGAAGGCCCACCCUGCCCCGUCAGCACACCGUCACAUAGGAGUCCGUCCCGUUUCCUCCUGGGAGCCCGAAGGCCUUGGUGGCGGGCUGCUUUUGGUUUGUUUUCAUGCUUUUGGAGGUUGUGAGGGGAGGGAAGGGCUGGGAGGCCGUAGCCUGUCCGUGCUGUCCGAGCUGGUGGCAACAGUGGCCCUCUCCAGGCGCCCCCCCCAGCCAGAGGGCGCUGCGGCCCCCAAGCCAGAAGCUGUGGGUCCACCCGUGCUGGAGUCAGAUGUUGAGCGUGUUGUGUAAACAGUUGGCUGUUUCGUGAUUCAAGAACGUUCAGGAUUAAAAGCAGACGCGAAAUUGUGCUACUUGAAGUUGUAUCUUUUUAUGAGACAAGCUGAAUCUGGGAUCUCUAAUUGCCUCUGACCUUUUAUAAGACCGUGUAUCUUCAAAUAAUUUAUUUUGCAAUAACGCA